CGCCCGUGCAUUCGCGGGACUCUGCGCGAAACUUGUUUCAAUUGGUGCUUCGCGCCCAGGAAAUUUGUGAGGCGUGUUUGGGAGCUGCCCAAGUUAAAGUAAAGGUCAUAAGAAAGCGGGUUGGGACGCUCCCGCGCGAAAAACUGGACGCGUACGGCCGGUCGCGUCCCCGGCUCAAGUCCCGGAGAAGUGCCGUCACGAGAGUGCCGUCACGGCCAAGCGGGGUCGGCCGGGCGGGAUCCUAGACCAGGCUUAUCAUAAGUUGCUUUUGAAAUUGAAGAUACAGCGGGGUUAGACAGGUAAUCUUUAUAUCCGAUACAGUAUGUGAAAUAUGGUGUGCGUCAAGCUCAUAUUGAAAAAAACGCAAGCGGGCUUCCAUCUGGUACAGCGCCCUUCGUUGACCAGCAAGCAAAGCAACGAGGUGGACAUCAGUCUGCCUUGGCCAUUCUUAAGUCCCUGCUAGCAUGCUAGCAACCUAGCGAGCGUCACCUGCGAGCCCACGUCGCAAAAUUGAACCCGCAUCAUCUGCAAGCCCGACCUGGAAUUCACCUUUUGCUGCACCUGAGACAUGCUAACACACAAAGAAACAACUUGCAAGCCCUAGGAUUCAAGGCGGAAGCGCGACCGCUGGACAACGAGAGCGACCUCGAUUAUUUCGACUAAGAGCACAGAAGCACCGCCAGCGAGUAUGACAGCGACUUCUGGCAUGACAUUGGGCUGGGGGUGGGCCACAGCGAGCAGGAUGAGGGAUUAUGAGCGCGCGGCACAGGGCCUGCCGCCGCGCGCUGUGGUGCGGCGGGAGGACCUGCCAGCAGCUGCGGCUGCAACGCUUGGCGCCAUUAGGGACACCCUGGCGCGCCUUUGGCAGGAGUCAGGUAGCUUCCGAGCUGGGCAGCCGUACAACUACCUGCUCACACUCGCGCAGCUGCCGACCGCCAAGCUACCUCCUGUACGGCUGAGGGGGGUGGGAAUGCCGUACACGAGUUAGUUGGGGGUUAGUCGGAGCUGUCCUAGAACCCCCAUUAUACUAUUUUUUUGCCGCUCCACAAACUGCCCCAGACUGUGCACGUGUGCUGAGUCCGGGGUAUACCUACGCACGCAUCGUUGAGCUGCACCCAUUGCGCCGCGCGCUGCAGGACAGAAGCGCUAGGAACAAAACUUGGCACGAACCUGUGCAAAACCUCUUGGGACCCCCGACCGACUGACCGACCGGCCACUUUGAGGGGUGGCUUUGUGGGUGGGCAGGACGCACGUGUGGGCGACCGUUCUAGUGCCUGGACGCUUGCGCCCUGGUUAGUGCGUGCGCUGUCUUGUGCGCUGUGCGUGUGUGCUGCGGCCUACCUGGACGAUUCCCGACACUCCGGUGCCUAGGCUUGUGGCGUUGAGGCACAGCGGUGGAGCUCUGGCGUUGCAGCAAAGUCGGGGUUGGUGGAGUCAAGUUGGGCCCUGAUAGCAUGUGA